CACCCCCACCACACUCCACCCCCACCCACCGCGGGUCAGGACUUUUACGACUCCCCCAAAGCCUACGCCAACGAAGUCUACAUGGACCACCGAGAGCUAAGUCGCUCGCGGGCUGGUGGGUCUGGUGGUGGUGGCGGUGGUGGGCCGGGAGCCUCCUCAUGGGAUCCCACGGGUUAUCCUCCCCCCACCUCGUCGCAGCAGCAGCAGCAGAUGGACAGAGGGAGGGACGAAUACGCCAGUCUGCAGAUGCCGCCCGGGGGAUAUGUGCGACCCAG